AUGGGCCUCCUCCACACCCCUGCGCGCAAACUGCUCGGGGGAACCAGAUCAACAGAGGAGAAAUACAAUGUGGGCUGUGCCCAGCGCUGGCGGAGCCCGGGUCCCGGUUCUGCCCGGGCUGGAUGGCUCAUUCUGCUGGCUGCGCGGCGGCGGCGGCUCGUGUGUGUGUGCGCCGCGCCCCGCCGCUCCCCGCCGGCCCCCCGAGCCCGGGGCGCACGGUCCAGCCCGGGGGUCCCCGCGGCGCCGCAGCCCGAGGCUCCGGGCAGCGCAGCAAUGGCCGUGCGCAGGCUGGGGGCCGCGCUGCUGCUGUUGCCGCUGCUAGCCGCCGUGGAAGAAACCCUGAUGGACUCCACUACAGCGACGGCUGAACUGGGCUGGAUGGUACAUCCCCCAUCAGGGUGGGAAGAGGUGAGCGGCUACGACGAGAACAUGAACACUAUCCGCACCUACCAGGUGUGCAAUGUCUUUGAGUCAAGCCAGAACAACUGGCUGCGGACCAAAUUCAUCCGGCGCCGCGGCGCCCACCGCAUCCACGUAGAGAUGAAGUUCUCGGUGCGUGACUGUAGCAGCAUUCCCAGCGUGCCCGGCUCCUGCAAGGAGACCUUCAACCUCUACUACUAUGAGGCUGACUUUGACCUAGCCACCAAGACCUUUCCAAACUGGAUGGAGAAUCCGUGGGUGAAGGUGGACACCAUUGCGGCCGAUGAGAGCUUCUCCCAGGUGGACCUAGGUGGCCGCGUCAUGAAAAUCAACACCGAGGUGCGGAGCUUUGGUCCCGUGUCUCGCAAUGGCUUCUACCUGGCUUUCCAGGACUACGGUGGCUGUAUGUCCCUCAUCGCUGUGCGUGUCUUCUACCGGAAGUGUCCCCGAGUCAUCCAGAAUGGUGCCAUCUUCCAGGAGACACUUUCGGGGGCUGAGAGCACAUCGCUGGUGGCUGCUCGGGGCAGCUGCAUCGCCAAUGCUGAGGAAGUCGAUGUGCCUAUCAAACUCUACUGUAAUGGGGACGGCGAGUGGCUGGUGCCUAUCGGCCGCUGCAUGUGCAAGGCGGGCUUCGAGGCUGUGGAGAAUGGCACGGUCUGCCGAGGUAAGGAGCAGUGGGGCGGGGCCUCGCCGUGGGGCGGGGCCUCACCGUGGGGCGGGGCCCCGCAAGGAGUAAGGUUUGCCUGCGGCCCAGGCCGGACAGCUGUGCUAUGA